AUGAACAACAACAACGGAAUAGGAAUUGCUAAUGAAUCUGAAACAGUUACUUCGAAUGCAACGCAACCAACAACAUUGUAUGUAUAUUGUGAAUGGACAAUGAUAGAAAACAUGAAUGUUGAACGAGUAUAUCACACAGCAUCCACAUUAGCAAAUGGAUAUGUAUUAGUUGCUGGUGGAUGGGACGUUAGUGCUGAAUUGUAUAAUCCGUUAACAGAUACUUGGACAAAUACAGGCAAUAUGAAUAUCGCACGAAUAGGUCACACAGCAUCCCUAUUAGAAAAUGAAUAUGUAUUAGUUACUGGUGGAAUGAAGAACGAUGCUGCUUUGAAUAGUGCUGAAUUGUACAAUCCAUUAACAGGUAUUUGGACAACUACAGGAAACAUGAAUGUCGCACGAGCAGCUCACACAGCAUCCAUAUUAGCAAAUGGAUAUGUAUUAGUUACUGGUGGAGUGAAUACCGGUGCUACUUUAAGUAGUGCUGAAUUGUACAGCCCAAUAACAGGCACUUGGGUAACUACAGGAAACAUGAAUGUCGCACGAGCCGCUCACACAGUAUCCAUAUUAACAAAUGGAUAUAUAUUAGUUGCUGGUGGAUGGGAUGGUAGUGCUGCUUUGAAUAGUGCUGAAUUGUACAAUCCAUUAACAGAUACUUGGACAACUACAGAAAACAUGAAUACCGCACGAUAUUAUCACACUGCAUCCAUAUUAGCAAAUGGAUGUGUAUUAGUUGCUGGUGGAGACAGCCUCAGUCAUUCUCUGAAUAGUGCUGAAUUAUAUGAUCCGUCAACAGGUACCUGGACAACUAUAGGAAAUAUGAAUGUCGCACGACGAGGUCACACAGCAUCUACAUUAGCAAAUGAAUAUGUAUUAGUUACUGGUGGAUUCAACAACAAUGGUGGUUAUCUUGAUAGUGCUGAAUUGUAUAAUCCAUCGACAGAUACCUGGAUAACUACAGCAAACAUGAUUGCCGCGCGAGAUUUUCACACAGCGUCCACAUUAGCAAAUGGGUCAGUAUUAGUUACUGGUGGAUAUGGAAAAUUUGGUAUGCUCAAUAGUGCUGAGCUUUACUGA